GUAUUUGAGGUUAUGUUUCUGUAUUGUUUAUGCAGCUGAGUAUUUUUCUUCUGGAAAAAAAUGUCUUUUCCUGACCAAAAUCCCUACAAUACGGAUUCUCUGAUCUUCCUGUAUGACAACAAAGAUCCCAAAGAAUCCCAAAAUACUGCAAAUCUUGUUGAAAGUGAGCGACAUCCCGUAGAAAAUCCCCAAAUCCCAUUGCCGGAGGUUGUUCAACAAGUGGAGAGAUCUUUUCCCUGCACUUCCUGUCCAGAGACGUUUAAAAGUAAAGAAGAACUAAAGCGUCAUGGCAAGAUUCAUAAAUUCUCCAAACCAUACGUUUGCAAAAAAUGCCCCAACAGUUUCAACAGACUGGACAAUUACAUCCUCCAUAUGUUUGUCCACAAUCCCCCUCCGGUGCGGUGUCCUCGUUGCAAGCUCAUCUUCAAUCGCAUCUCCAGCUUCCGGGGUCACAUUGAGACUCACCUCAAAGGUGAACUCUUCUCCUGCUCCAAAUGCGACGAAGUCUUUGUAUACGAGGAACCUUUCAUCGUACAUAAUCUUCACUGUGUGAGGAAGGAGAAGCCAAAAAAUGGGAAACAGUACAAAUGCCCCAUUUGCCUGAAGGAUUUCGUAACGAGGAGUGUCCUGGAACGUCACAAACUCAUCCACACUGGACAGAAACCUUUCCAGUGCGAGAUUUGCUGGCAGAGUUUCACGCAGAAGAGCUCCGUGAAGAUUCACAUGCUAACACACACAAAUUCCCGACCACAUCAAUGCCCUCAGUGUCCGGCCAACUUUACCCAGACUGCCAAUCUGCAGGUCCACAUCCGGAAGGUUCAUUGCUCUAGUGGAUCAUCAAAAUUCUCCUGCACUAAAUGCUCGUGUACUUUCAAGAAACUCAGUGCUUUGAGUGUUCACAUGUCCAGGAUUCACAGGGAUGUUGUGGAAGCAGCAAAACCACCCGAAGAGACGCAAGAGAAGUUUGUCAAGUACACUGAAUUCCGUCAGGAUGGCUCUGCAAUUGAACACUCAAUCAAGGAAAUCACCGAUGAGGACAAAAGGAAGCAGCUGCAGUGUCACUUCUGCCCAAGGAAGAUGAAGAAUCUCACCAGUUGGGUGCGACAUCGAAGGCAUCACGUCAAGGAAGAAAUUCCAGUGAAGAAGGAAGAAAUUCCUCCGGAAUUUGAGGAUGAUUUUGAAGAGGAAGAGAAACCUCCGGAAAGGGUAUAUCAGUGCAGCCGGUGUCCGAUGAAUUUUAUCCUAAAAACCAAAUUCAACAGCCACCUGCGGCAGCAUCAGAAGGAAUUAUCUCUGGAGCGCCGGCUGAAGGUUGUGGAGGAAAGUGAAGCAGCUCGACCACAUCAGUGUCCACAAUGCCCGAUGAGAUUCACCAAAAAGAGCCACCUGAGGGAGCACGUAAUGCGUCAUGACAACAUCCGGCCAUUCCAGUGUCACAUCUGUGGCCGAAGUUUUGCCUCCCGCACCAUCCUGGAGGUACACGAACGCACCCACACAGGGCAGAAACCCUUCAAAUGCCCCCAAUGCGACCGAAAGUUCACCACAAUGUCCUCCUGCAGGCGUCACGUGGAAGUUCACAGCACCGAGAAGAAGUAUGAAUGCGAAAAAUGUGGAAGGAAAUUCAAGACGAAAGUUUCCUUCCGGAAACAUCUUGUCUUCCACGAUGGAUCAAUUGUUCCCAUCUCAACUGAGCUGGAAAAAGCUCCGGAAGCUCCUGUUCCUGAACAAAUCCCCCUUCGGGAUAAUCCUGUACCGGAGGAUACCCUUCCAGCGCUGGAUUUUGGUCAACUCGAUGAUAAUCAAUCCCAGACGUACAUUGUCAUCUUGGAUGAUCAGAAUUUUGACCCAGUUGUGGGGGGAUUCCUUGAGCCACUUGCUGAAGAAAUCCCCAAAGAUCCGCCGCAGGAGCAACUUUCACCGAAUCUCAUUAAAAUCAACCCAAUUGACAUUGAGGGGAGCACAACAAUCUUCUCCUGGACCCCGCAGAAGAUGCAGAACGCUCAAAAUUCACAGCAGGAUGUUGCUCUACCGCCUCUGCAACCAAUAACGGAUAUCUCACCGACUAAGGAAGCUGGAGAGAGGAAUCUGAAGAAAUGCCCAAAUUGCCUGAAGAAAUUCGUCAAACCAAUUGAUCUCAAGAGGCACAUGCGAAUCCACACUGGGGAGCGCCCCUUUGUCUGCCAGCACUGCGGGAAGGCUUUCGCUCUCAAGAGUACCCUGAAAACCCACGAAAUGAUUCACUCAAAGAUGAAACCAAAAUUCACGUGUGAAUCCUGCAUGAAGGACUUCUCAACAAAGGAUAAUCUGAAGAUGCAUCUAACCGUCCAUACGGGACAGAAACCCUUUGAAUGCCUCUACUGCGACAAGCACUUCCGGACACUCUCAAACCGCAAUGCGCAUCACAGCAUGCACCUCAAGAAGAUCAACACAACAAUCAAAUCGGAAGCACAGAACCCCCUCAGGAUGACCAUUGCAGACGAUUUACCACCCCUCGUACCCAUUCAGUCGCCCCAAGAGUAUCCCUGCAAAUUCUGCGGGAAGAUCUUCACUGGAUCCAUGCUGGAUCUCCACAUAAGCACGUGCACAAGUCAAAAUCUCUAAUUUCAAGGGGAAUUCAUUUUAUUCCAAAUUCAUUUCAUUGAGUUUAUGUGUGGAAUCCCGGUGAGAAGCUGUACGUGAAUUGCAGCUCCGGACUCCUGGCUGCAUCACUGGAUGUCCUGAGACGCUUCUCUGCAAUAAAGUCAUCUUCAUCCCCAA